CUCCUCGCCCGCGCACCCCCCAAACCCCCGGCCAAGAAGCCAGCCGGCAAGGUGCCUCCCCGCCGCAAGCACCAGGCCCCCAAGUCGGAGAACUUCUACCGCAUCCGCACCCUCCGUCAGAACAUGUUCUCCCCUGCUCCUCCACCCCUCCGCAUGGCUCGUCUGAGAUAUCUCCGCCACUGGACUAUUCACCGCGCGUGGCAGCUGUUCCGCCGGCAGCAGCAUCUGGCUAUUGAGCAGGAGCGUCACCGCAUGUAUAGUGGCAUGUACAAUGCCUGUGAGGAGCUGCGCAAGACGGUUGGUCCUGGAAACAGAGAUGAGGGGUACCUGUACAGAGUGGCCAUGGAGAAGAAGGGU